AUGAAAAGGCUUCAUGUCCAGCUCAUUAUGUGGGAGGAUUUGCUAAAGCUGGUUGGUAUACAACCUUUCGAUAAGCGAGCACUUUCUAAAGAAAAAAGUCGAAAGUCUCCACCUUCGUCAAGCAUAUAUUUUGUUUGUUCAUUAUCAAUAGAAUAUUUGUUACCAGCAUUGACGAUAACACAAGCAAUAAAAAAAUCCACUAAUUAUCCGACUGCAAUUAAGCCAUUAGGACGAUCACAAUCAGAAUCAAGUUUCUUAUUUACAAGCUCUGGGCCUACGUCAUCAACGAAUUCAACUAAUUCUAUUCCAUUAUCAGCAACAACAGGUUCAACACAAUCAACUAUUUCAAUAUUACCCUUUCAAUCAUAUUCUAAUCAAGCAUCAUCAAAUCAUUCUGCGUUGCGCCUGUCAAAUACUUCAUCAUUAACAAGAAAGUCAUUGUCCAUUUUGAAUCCAUCUGAACGAAUUCUCGGUAAAUGUGGAGAAAUUCUCUGA